CCCGGGCUGUCAGUCUGAGCGCGGCCAAGCACGGGCCGAGGGGCCCGCCGGGCCGGCGCCGCUAUGGCGGCCGUGUUUGACCUGGACCUGGAGACGGAGGAAGGCAGCGAGGGCGAGCCAGAGUUGAGCCCCUCGGACGUGUGUCCCCUUGCCGAGUCGAGGGCGGCUGGCCUGGAGCCUGUGGGACACUGUGAGGAGGUGGAGCUGACUGAGACCAGUGUGAAUUUGGGCCCUGAGCGCAUCGGACCCCACUGCUUUGAGCUGCUGCGUGUGCUGGGCAAGGGGGGCUAUGGCAAGGUGUUCCAAGUGCGAAAGGUUCAGGGCACCAACUUGGGCAAAAUAUAUGCCAUGAAAGUCCUGAGGAAGGCCAAAAUUGUGCGCAACGCCAAGGACACAGCACACACGCGGGCUGAACGGAACAUUCUAGAGUCAGUGAAGCACCCCUUCAUUGUGGAACUGGCCUAUGCCUUCCAGACUGGUGGCAAACUCUACCUCAUCCUCGAGUGUCUCAGUGGCGGUGAGCUCUUCACGCAUCUGGAGCGAGAGGGCAUCUUCCUGGAAGACACGGCCUGUUUCUACCUGGCAGAGAUCACACUGGCCCUGGGCCAUCUCCACUCCCAAGGCAUCAUCUACCGGGACCUCAAACCUGAGAACAUCAUGCUCAACAGCCAGGGCCACAUCAAACUGACAGACUUUGGACUCUGCAAGGAGUCGAUCCAUGAGGGCGCCGUCACCCAUACUUUCUGUGGCACCAUUGAGUACAUGGCCCCUGAGAUUCUGGUACGCAGUGGCCACAACCGGGCGGUGGACUGGUGGAGCCUGGGGGCCCUGAUGUAUGACAUGCUCACUGGAUCGCCACCCUUCACUGCAGAGAACCGGAAGAAAACCAUGGACAAGAUCAUCAAAGGGAAGCUGACGCUGCCCCCCUACCUCACCCCGGAUGCCCGGGACCUUGUCAAAAAGUUUCUGAAGCGGAAUCCCAGCCAACGGAUCGGGGGUGGCCUUGGGGAUGCUGCUGAUGUGCAGAGGCACCCCUUCUUCCGGCACAUUAUUUGGGACGACCUCCUGGCUCGCCGCAUCGACCCCCCUUUCAGGCCCUCUCUGCAGUCAGAGGAGGAUGUGAGCCAGUUUGACACCCACUUCACGCGGCAGACGCCAGUGGACAGUCCCGAUGAUACGGCCCUCAGUGAGAGCGCCAACCAGGCCUUCCUGGGCUUCACAUAUGUGGCACCCUCCGUCCUGGACAGCAUCAAGGAGGGCUUCUCCUUCCAGCCCAAGCUGCGCUCCCCCAGGCGCCUCAACAGCAGUCCCCGGACCCCGGUCAGCCCCCUGAAGUUCUCGCCCUUCGAGGGAUUCCGGCCCAGCUCUGGCCCACUGGAGCCCAUGGAGCCCCCUCUACCUCCUCUCCUGCCGCCACCGCCACCACCCUCGAGCACUGCCCCCCUCCCCAUCCGACCCCCCUCGGGGACCAAGAAGUCUAAGAGGGGCCGUGGGCGCCCAGGGCGCUAGGAGGAUGGGCAGCCGUGAGGGCAAGUGGGGCCCUGGGCCAGUUCCAGGGACCUGGAGGUGUGUCUGGGGUACAGGAGUGAGUGUGUGUGAGAGCGGGUCUCGGUUGGGGUGGCUGUGCCCCUGAACCAUGUUCGUGAAGGGCCACAGGCUCUGGCUGUCAGGGGAGUGGCCUCGCCACCCAGCUGGCCUGCAGUUGAGCUGUGCCCUUGGAGAAUUAAAAUACUGAAUCAUGGCA